CCUGCAACUGCGGUCACGACCUUUACCCCGGGAUGUCUGAGUGAAACUACACAUUUCUCUUCGUGACAAAGCCGAGUCGCAGUCGCGCCGGGAGCUGCGGUACCCAGCCCACAUCUGAGUGGAAAAGGCGCAGAGGAGGCGGGAGGGAGAAGGUCGCCGCAGCCCUGAGACACGGAGAGAGCCGUGCGCCCCUGCCCCUCACACAGGUGACCUGCGGAGAGGCCGAGCGCCGCCGGAGAGCGUCCCCGAGCAAGAACCCGCAACACCUGUGUUUGCAUUUUGAGUUAGACUGCGGGGAACGCGCCUGCCGCGGGUUUCAUCAGCGCGUCUGUCGCUAGAUGUCAGAUCCUGCGACCGGCGGGGCGGUGAAGCUUUGCCGAUGGCUGCUAAAACGAGAGGGACAAAUUCCUCGAGCUCCGACCAGCAACUAAGCUAAAUUUAACCUUACUAGAAGAAAAGCAACUAAGAAAUGUCCUGCACGAUGUCUGCCUUUUCCUGCUGCUACGUCUGCUGCUGCUAGAUCUUCAAGGAAUACAGUACACGUCUGAGGACCGUGGGAGAGCAAGGACCAGCGCAAAAGCCUGCUUUCAUCCCCUGGACAGGAUGGCUAGAUGAAGUAGACCUCAAAUCCUUGUUUCUUUUUGUGUUUCUGUGGGGUGUCGUUCCUGGUUCAAGCUAAUGUAAGCCCCUUUGUGGACGAGCUUUCCCAAGGAGCAAGAAGGAGGAGUCGCAGAGCCCUGGUCACUGACCCACCCCUGCCCCGGGCCGUCCGGUCAUGAAGUCGUGCCAGAAGCCCAAGGAGGGUCUGGCCAUGCAGAGCGCCACCGGGGUGUCCCCGGAGGACAGCCGCCGCUUGCAAGCCCCCCCCUCCUACUACCACGCCCCCGGCCAGGAGCUGGACCUGUCCACCAAGCUGUUCAAGCGGGAGGGCGGCGGCAAGGCCUACUCCGUCCUGGUGGACACCGAGCUGAGCAAGCGGCAUCUGGCGGAGCGCGGCGGGCAGCAGGCCCAGGCCCCGCAGGGGCAGCAGCAGCCGUACUACCGGGAAGGGGGGAAGGGGGCGCCGGAGGGUGGGGGGCAGGCCUCAGCCGGAGAGGGGGAGGGCUCAGAGGAGACCGAGGAGGAGGAGGAAGAGGAGGAAGAAGAGGAGGUGGAGGAGUCCUUCAAACGGGAGCAGAUCAUCGUGGAGGUCAACCUCAACAACCAGACGCUCAACGUCUCCAAGGGCGACAAGGGGGUGGCCUCGCAGUCCAAGAACGUGGCUCCUGUCAUCAAGUCCAGCAGUGAGGAGGACGAGGAGGAGGAGGAAGAGGAGGAGGCCAGUGAGAGCCCCGAGGAAGAUCAGGAGGAAGAGGAGAAUGAACGGCAGAAGGAAAAGGCCAAGAAGCCCCGGCGGGCUCCUGCUGCCUCCCAGCCUCCACGCAAGACCAGGAAGGCCGCCAUGGCAGCGGCCAGUGCUGUCGCCUCCUGCGUAACCACCAGGGGGCGGCGCAAGAGCGUUGAGCCGCCCAAGAGGAAACGGCGAGCACCCCGAGAAGCCAAGGGGUCCUCCCCAGGGGGCGCCGCCACCCCUGCCUCUGCGGCCACGUCCUCCCCCUCAGCCCCCACCGGCCCCGCGGGCUCUCACAGGGGCAAGAGUGCGGGGGAGGAGAGGGAGACUCUGACCUGCGAGAAGUGCCCCCGAGUCUUCAACACCCGCUGGUACCUGGAGAAGCACAUGAACGUCACCCACCGGCGCAUGCAGAUCUGCGACAAGUGUGGCAAGAAGUUCGUGCUGGAGAGCGAGCUGGCGCUGCACCAGCAGACCGACUGCGAGAAGAACAUCCAGUGUGUUUCCUGUAACAAGUCCUUCAAGAAGCUGUGGUCUUUGCACGAGCACAUCAAGAUUGUCCACGGCUAUGCGGAGAAGAAGUUCACCUGUGAGAUUUGUGAGAAGAAGUUCUACACCAUGGCUCACGUCCGGAAGCACAUGGUCGCUCACACCAAGGACAUGCCCUUCACCUGCGAGACCUGCGGCAAGUCCUUCAAGCGCAGCAUGUCCCUGAAGGUGCACUCGCUGCAGCACUCUGGAGAGAAGCCCUUCCGCUGUGAGAACUGCGACGAGCGCUUCCAGUACAAGUACCAGCUGCGCUCCCACAUGAGCAUCCACAUCGGACACAAGCAGUUCAUGUGCCAGUGGUGCGGCAAGGACUUCAACAUGAAGCAGUACUUCGACGAGCACAUGAAGACGCACACGGGAGAGAAGCCCUUCAUCUGCGAGAUCUGCGGGAAGAGCUUCACCAGCCGGCCCAACAUGAAGAGGCACCGCCGCACGCACACCGGGGAGAAGCCGUACCCCUGCGAGGUGUGCGGCCAGCGCUUCCGCUUCUCCAACAUGCUCAAGGCUCACAAGGAGAAGUGCUUCCGGGUCACCAGUCCCGUCAACGUGCCCCCCGCCCUGCCCCUCCCCCUCACCUCCUCCUCGUCCGGCGCCGCCGCCCAGGCCCCGCCCCCGGCCCCCCCGCCCGCGUCCUCCCCGUCGCCCACCAGCCCCCCCCCCGGCGCCCCCCUGGGGCUCAGCCCCGUCAGCGCGCCGCCCCCCCGGCCCCUGGGCCACCCCUUCUCCCACCUGCACCUGCACCCCCCCCCCCCCCCCCCCCCCCCCCCCCCCCCCCCUCCCCACCACCACCUCCCGGUGCCCCCCGUCUCCCACCUGCCGCCGCCCCCCGCGCUCUUCAAGAGCGAGCCGCAGCUCAACCACAGGGGCCACGGCGAGGACAGCUACCUGCGGCACCUGGCCGACAAGAACUCGGGCGCCCCGCACCACCACUGAGCUCCCGCCAGGCUGCGCCAGACAGACCCGGGAUCCUAGAGCAUACACAACUGGGCGUCUCUUUAAAAAGAGAAAGUGGGUGUGUUGGUGUGUGAAAGCCUUUGUAUCCAGAAAAGAAACCGUGGGCCUGUUUCUCGCUCCUGGGAUGCGACGGCUCGGGUCUCCGGCCGAGCUGGAAAGGUCUUCCCGACAGCGAGUGGCGCCAGUCCUGCCGGGGCCUCCUCCUCGUGCUGCUGAGGUUUUCAUUUUGGUUGAACCGGUGGGUCUGGUCUCUCGAGCCCGUGAGCGUUGGACUGGCGGCCCGUAGUGAAGCACUUAAAAGCGGCCCCUGGCGCUGGGAAGAGGCAGGGGUCUGAGACACUCGCUGGCCGUUUUUCCACACAGCGGGUUCUGUAUACAAGCGUACUGCACACACGCACCAACACACACACCCGCGUUACCAUAUUCUACAGUGAAUUUUUUUAAUCAGAUUCUAUUGUUUCCCACAACCUCAUCCUUGUCUGAAUUUUUUAUAUACAAAUAGCUAUGUCUGUGAAUUAAUUUCAAAACCCUUCCGUAACAGUAACCACACGUGAGUCCCCACACAUUUCUGUCUGUGUGCGUGUGCGAGAAUGCACGUGUGUGUGCCUGCAUAUAUGGCCGUAUAUACGUUGUUUUGGGGAAUUUGGGAACGUGACCCAGGUCAAUUAAGUAGGAGGCUGGAUGUGAAGGAAGUUAGUUUAUUUGUGUUGUAGCACAGCAUUUAAGAUCAUCAUGAUUGUAUUUGACAAAAUCUCACCACCAUAGCAUAGAACACUAAUGCAAAACCUAACACUGAUUUUUCAAAAAAUCUUUCUUAGUAUAACAAAAGUUCUCAGUAUUCUGUGCAACACAAACUGUUACAGGAGAGAUACAGUAGCUGUGAUUGUUUUAUCAGGCUGUGUUUGCGCUCUCAGUGGGUUCUCGAAGUCCUCCCAGAGAAAAAACAGUUUCACUUAGAAACACAUAUUUUCAUGUACACUGACAGCAAACUGUCCACUCCUUCCCGGACAAACUAUAGAUGGACAGUAACCCAGACAGAUCACACACAGGGCAUAUCUAUGUUCAGUGAAAUCAUUUAAAGAAAAUAUAGAAUUCUUAAACCUAUACAUUUAGCAAAAGAAACAGGUAAAUGUCUUUACUCUGCUGCUGUAUAUAUUUGGUACACUUAGUUUUCCCAGUUACUGACAUUCAUUGAGUUGGCCUUUUGUUUUUUACAAAGUGUACUCUGACUGGAAAAAGAAAUGUUUCGCACAGAAAACCUUCUUUUUAAAAAAAGGUUCUGUUAUAAAUGUUCUGUUUCUACUCUGUACGUGAUACCCGAAUUGUUCGACAAGAGUCGUUCUCUUGUGCAUGUGAGUGGACAGAGGGCUCCCUAUCACAGUGAGUCAGCUGCUGCUUGCUAACCGGUGGGUGAAUUGUACAUUAAAAGUUAAAAAGUUUUCACGGGUUGUUCCCUUGUGCCUUGAAACCCCGAGGGAAAGCUGUUGUCUGACGCUGCUGAAAAACUGUUGGGAAACCCUGACAUGGGGCUUCAGUGAGAUCGAAACUUGAUCAGAACCGAGCUGCUUUUUAGGUUGGUAUCCUUGACACCUAGCUCUUCAUCUGACCUGAUCUGCUCACAUACUAGAAUGGAAUUAAACACGGCGAUGCAUCUAGAACUCAAUACUGGAAUGAAAUACAUCCCCGCCAUGUUACUGAAUGACCCUUCAGGUGCGUGUUCCACAAGUCUCCAUUUGUGUGAAUGUGCACUAACUCUUGGAGAGAAGGAGUCUCUCUAACUGUUUGCUUCUGAGCCACUAGUAUGUCUUCAUAACCACAGACAAGCCACUGACUGCUUAAAGAGAGAGCUCUGAACCUUCAGAAGUCAUUGCAGACAGUCGGUCCAGAAGCUUUCCUCUGUAUUUCAGAAGGCUUUUCAAUAUAAGAAUUACUCUACUUUUACAUAUUUUCAGUCACAGAAACUGCUCCUAACUAUAUCAACUUCUUAAUUAUAUCAAAUUAGUAAUGCAUUUUUACACGGCAUUUCUACAACAGAAACUGAUUUGUGACAUUAAAUAGAAAUGCAUAUGACUGACAUUCCAUAGCUUAGUCCCCUUUCGUGCCAAUAAAAAGAAACCUUUUACUAUGUCCUUUUGUUUUUGAAUCUUGUGAUACAUAAAAGUUGCUUGCUCAUGCAUCACAUUUCAGAUUACGUUUUAUGAGCAGAACAAAACAAAGGAUGAUCAAUAUAAAUGUUCUCAGUCACUAUACUGUGGUGAAACAGUAUUGCUGAUUCCCUGGUCAGUGUGCGAUUGGAUCGAGUGGUUCUUGUGGCAUUCUGAUUGGUUCACAGGGGCAGAUAUGCGCGCACAUUUUCAGGCUCACGCUGGCAGGUUUGUUACGGAAGGUGAUUACUAGCAUUAAACACACCGGUGCAGAAGACUUCUGAUGAGUUUCUGCCCUUUCCUCACAACUGCCUCUGGUCCAGAACAAUGAACAGCAUUAAACACCUAAAAAUUUGACUCUUUGACAAGAACACACCCAUAUCAACUCGUGCCAGCAAUAUGUCAGUUAUUUUUUUUCUCGGAGACCAAUUUUUGUGAUAUUCUUUCCAGAUGAGGUAUGCUUUUUUUAAUUUCCUGGCACAGCCUGUUUCUGGAGGACCCUUGACUUGUUAGGACCUGUUUACCAGUAUAAAAAGCUCCUCAGAAUGUGUGACUGGACUUGAGCAUUACGUUUAUCACUGUGUAUCAUAACAAAGCUUUUUGUAAAAAAAAACAAAUUAUAAAAAUGUGCAAAAAAAGAAUUUGGAGACCAGCUAAGACGGCAGUCCCCAGUUCUAGCUGCGCUUUGUUGAACGGAACAACAUGAGGAAAACAAUGGAUUUGAUGUAUCUAGUUUCUACCGCACUCUCUUUUCCUACAAAACUCUUUUAGAGAUUUUUUUUGCAUAGACAUAUUUACUAGCAUUAUUUUUAAAGUGAAAUUUAUUUUAUGGCGCGGUGUAAUUUUUUUUUUCCUGUGUAGCUGGUCCUAUGUAGUAUGACAGAUUUAAGAAAAUCAAAUUAUAAUCUUUUUUUUUUUUCUAUAAAAUGUGAUUUCAGAGGUUGACAUGUCACCCUGCCUGGCCCUGUGCCCGCUGGCUCCCGCUCUCACAGCUGACGGCCGAUGGGUUCUUGGCCAGGUCUCGGUGGGCCUCAGUGCUUCUGGGCUGUUUCACCUUUGUUAUUGAUUGCUUGAGCAAAUUAUACGCUUAAUUAGCCAUAGAUCCCUCCUUUCCCAGGUCUUCAUCAGGUGAUGGGUUGUCCACACCUGUAGGCCCAGGAGAGUUGGCCCUGCGGAACCAGACCCUGGGCCCUGCCGGUUCUACAUGUGCUGAAAGAAGGUGGUGGUCCAAUGUGUUCCAGAUAAUUCGUUCAAUUAAGUAAUUAAGAUCAGAGGUGGAAUAUAAACCAGAAAUCCCUGGUAAAGAGGUAUUGAGCAUGCCGGCUAAGGACGGAGAUCAGACCCUGACUCAAUAUUUGAUCUUUCAAACUAAUAGUGUCCAUUUCUUCUUUAAUUGGCAGUUACCUUCAUUACAGUCUCUGAUUUGCUCUAUGAAUAUGAAUAUUCAUAUCUCCAUAAGUACUGCAAACCUUCCGCAGGCCCUGGGCUUCCCAAGCUGUGUCUGUUUGUCACCCAGAGUUUUUCUUUUGGUAGCUUUUAUUUUUAUGGAGUCUAAGGUAAUGGUGGAUCCAUAGCUAAAAGGUCAGUGAAUGUCGUCUCGGGUCACAUCAGCAGUGCAGGUAGCUUUCUGCUUCUCUUUGGGAUGAAGGCCUUUCUCCUUAUAAAGGCUGAUACAGUUAAGGUCUCGCUGCUGGAUCACUGUAACGCAUACAAGUUGGAAGAUGAGCCCAUGUGAGCUCCUCCAGUGGUGUCUUGAAGACAUUUUCAAGCUAACCCCACCAGAAGAAUAUGUUGCUCUUUUAACUUCUGAGCGCAGAAGUCGGGAAGCAGGCAGUUUACGGGCCUGAAAGUGGUCUGUCAUGGCAAAACCACUUGUGUGCUUCUAUGUUCUUUAGUAGAAUGAGUUACACUAAACAUUGUUCACUCAAACCAGGUGACAGCCUGGCAAGGGUCCUUGUUUUGUUUGCAAAGCCCCUAGUUCGAAGAAGAGUGUAAGGCCUGGGUCUGUUAAUUACUAAUCCUGCACGUGCAGCUGCUGUUGAGGGAAGGUGUGUUUCCCGCCCCACGCUGUGAGUUGUUGGCGUGCUUCUGUCCCGGUCCUGGGUCCCAGAGACCCGCUGGGCGUGACGGGGAGACACCAGCAGAGGGACGGGUGUCCGUUUUCAUGCUGUUAUGGCUCUUUUGCCCCAGUUUGGCCAGGAAUGUGCAAGGGUGGAUUUGCUGCUGAAGUACUGUCGUACCCCGGCCUUGGCGGGCAGGACCGAAGGCUGCUGAACAAGUUCCUCGCUCCAGAAGUGCUCUUCCUCGUCUGCGUGUGUGCCUGCGGCAUGAGUGUGUGAGGUCGUCGGGGAUCGUGGGCGUUCCUCUGCUUAACAGGAGCUCAUUGGCUAAAAUGCUCUUCAGCUGACUUUCUUUCUCUGUACUUGGCCUCAUGAUGUUCUUUGUGUUACACGGUUGUUGAUUCUUUAAAUGACACGGUUGCAGUUUCUGCUGUUGAAGAUGUGGGGGUAUUUAGUUACAUAGUGUGUGUGUAUAUAGCAGUUCAAGGUCUUCUCUGGUGGGUGCCCUUUGUGUAAGAGGGUGUGAGACCCAGACUUGUUAUCUGGGAGGAGCUGGUGAGCUAAGCAAGCAGUCCAGGGAAAUCGCUAAAAGUUACAAGCAGGGGGACACCAUACAAUUCUUGAAAAUAAUUUUUGUGCAUAAUAAUUUUCAUUGCUCAUUGCUUUGCUAAAUUGAUUUCAUUUAUUUGUGUUAAGCCGUUAAAUUCAACGGUAUCUGUCUAAAUGCCCGACUUAUGUCGUGGACAGUAGUUGUCGUUUUUGGCUCUCCAGCGAUCGGGUGUUAGAGGCUGUGCACUACAGAGAGGUGUGCUCUUCCUUUGGGAUGAAUGCAAAUAAGCUCUGCGCAGAGUUCACAUUUAGUGAAACUGACUUCAUGCUCUCAGAAUAGAUCUGAGUUUUAUUACAGGUUGUGUAUGUGGAGCUUUUUGUUUUUGUGGCUUGUGUUUUUGAGUUGUAGGUUACUGGGUUUCUGCUGCACAUUAGUAACAGGCGAUAUGUUCUUGAUCUUAAACACGAGCUGAAGGGUGGUGCAGGACGAUACACUGGGAGAGCUUCGCUGAGAGCGCCGCGUGCGCUCCCUCGGCACGGCACAGCCUCUGGCUUCUCACUCGCGCUGUAGAGCACCUGGUCAGAGUAGAAACACAGCUUGUUUGUCGCUGCUGACUGGCUCCACAGUACACUUGAACUCCUUCUCUGAGGAGUGUGGAGCUGCAGGCUCAGCAGCUUCAGUGCGGCUGGGUGCAGCCUUUCUUUGGCCAGGCCUGCUCAUGGCUGUCUGGUUCUCUGACAAUGACAAGGAUUUCAAACCCUGAAUGUCCAGGGUUGAUCGGGCACGUCUUGUGUGAGAGAAGAUGUUCAGUAAAGCUGCAUGAUAAUCAGCCAUGAGUGUGAGGUGCUGAGCUCUUGCACUCAGGCUAACGAAGAUGCAGUUUUUCUCCUGGGGUCCCUCCUUUUGCCAGUCUGUAAUUCAUUAGCUGUUGUGUUCUUAGCUUAUAGAGUUACAAGAAUGUAACUUGAGCUAUUUUUCCCUCCUCGUUGAACAAAAGAACUCUCUGGCCUCUUGUGAAGGACACCUCUGGACCACCUGCUGCAAUGACUGUAUGUCCAAUUCAUGUGUUUGGACUGUUACUGAAAGAUGUAAAAAUAAGUGGAGCCCUGUUGUACUUUCCAAUAGGAGCUGUAGCUGUACACAAACUUCUAAACUGGAUUGAGUUUUGGGCUAUGUGGCUUGCACGGGGAUUGGGUUCAAGGUUCAAGAGGAAGUGUACUGUUCUAUUGUCUGUGGAGGGAAGGGAGUAUUCACUGUGCAGACCUUAGUCACAGCUAGCAGUGCGUCGCACAACAGCCUUGAGCCCAUUCAGUCCAGUUUGCCCAUUUGCUUGUCACUAUCUUAAUUAACCCCUAAUCCCACAAGCAGCUUUAUAAAAGUGUGCCUCAUGGUCUCUCUCCUAAGUGCUCCUGAGCAGAAGGACUCAAAACACUAGUUUUAUGAGGCAUCAUAGUCUUCUAGAAAGAAAAGCAGACAAAACUGCUUCUGUGUGCCUGGACUCUGCUCUUCAUGUGAGCUCCAGCUUUUUGCCACACUGAAAUUUCUUCUAAACAAUAUUCUGUGUGUACGCUGCUGGUUUCUCUCUGGAGGGUAAUAACAGCGUUGCCUUGCCCAGACUCUGUCUCAGCACCGGCCUGAACUCUUGCAGUCAGAGCUGGAGGGGCUGUUCUGUCCUUGCAGUUCAUGUAGGACAUCUGUCUCUUCAGAUGGACUCAAGUUUUUGGUCCAAACCUGGAAUUUGUAGCUGUUUCCUUGUGCUUUGCCGGUUCUCUCUGUCACCCAAGCCCUCCUGAACCUGGUGCCCUGGAGAACUCAGCAAGUGGCUGUUUUUGAGGCUGGAUUGCAGUUGUGCCGAAGGUGCUGAGGGGUCUGAGUUUGUUGGCCUGUCUUGUUUAUUUCUCUCCACUUCAGCUAGAGCCCCAGAGCUGUCGGAGGACUCUGGGAGUGUAGAUAGACGACUGUGUGUGCGUGCCUGCCAGUGAGCGAGUGUGCGUGCAUCUGCAAAAUGAGCUGUAGGGCUCGUCUGAGGGUUCCAGCCAGUGUGGUCCAAGCUGUACAUUUGAGUCACUUCUGGAACGAUUUGCUAAGAGCUGUAUAAGCAAGAAAUGGGAUCCUGCCUUUCCCUUGUGUGUGGAAAAAACCCUUGCACAUUUGGUUGAAAGCUUGUUUGCUGUGUAUGAUUUAGGAUGCAUUUUUGUGACCUAACUGUUGCUAUUCUUUAGAACUGAGAGAGGUCUUUUACACUUGUUUGCAAGGGGUAUCAAAGUAAGCUUAUUCUCAGAGUCUUGAUUUUAAAACUUUUUUAGGGUAACUCUUAAGGAUGCCCCCAGCUUUAACAGUAUGUCCAACACCUGGACUCCUCUUUCUAGACCUUGUUGGCAAAGCGAACGUCAGCGUGUCAGUCAGGCUCGGGGCAGCAGUGCAGGCAAGAAUGGCAAAGUGACAAGAAGGUGUUUUUCACAUCUUGCAUCCUGGGGGGGGGGGGCUGUUUCCUGCCAAGGUUAGCAGCAGCUGGACGGGUAUCUGGGAAAAACAAAACUGUGAGCGAUUCUUCGUCCUUCACUGCUUAAAAAUACUCAAAAGGUUUAACUCCUUUGAUAUUGACCUUCUGCACUUUAAUGCUGUGUAUGUUAAACUUGGAAAUGGGAAAGCAAAGCAAGAAAGCUUUAUAUUAUUCCCUGGAGAAGGGUGGGAAUUCUGGCAUGUUGGUGAUCUGGGAGAAUGAUGGGUUCUGGGGUGGGAAUAUUGUUUUCAAAAAGCAGGUUUUGCCUUGGUCAUUUCUACAUUUUUAAACCAGAUGUGAAGUCAUUGCCCACAUUUCUUUUAACGUAUCUCCACCAUGUUCUGCGAUCAUAAAAUUGAUGAUUUGCAUUUCUGCAGACUCCAGAGCGUUGUGCUGGGCUGUUGUUCGCCCUCAGUCUGUUAUCAAGGGGUUCCUGCGGGGUGUCACCCAGCCCGUACCCCUCACCCUUCGCCUCCUGCAUUAGUGUUACUGCGUUAUUGUGUGGGAGGGCUCAGGGAGGGGUCCCCACUCACACUGUGCGCCCCUCUUCAAGUACGGUUGAUUUUCCUUUCCUUGUUAUUUAGAAUGCACUUUCUACUAAAUCAUUGCUAGUUAAAAAAGAAAGAUCUUUAUUCUUUAAAGAUUGUUUAAAAAGCAAACUACUUUUUAUGAAUUUUUAACCACUCAAUGUAGCAUUGUGUAUUUUAUUCUCGUGAGUAUCUGGUACACAUUGUGCAGCUUUACAAUGUUUCGGAGGUGGAAUAAUGCUGGGCCUUUUUUGAUAAUGUACGUUAACAGACCUUAUGCUAACUUUCAAAGUAAAAGAAGUAGCCAUAAUUCUCACCUCCUUGUGUAUUGUCGUUCUUUGCUUGUGUUUUCAAAAACUUACAAAGGGUUUUGGUGACCAGUGUGGUAUUUUUGUGUGAAAUUGUGAGACGUGGCUCCUGCUGUGUUGAACUUGAACGUGAUUUUAACCCCCCUGCUAUCCAGAAAUGUACGUUUCUCCAUCUUAUUUCAUAUAACGUGUUUCUUUUUUUUGUGUAAGGCUAUUGUGGCCCAGCCUGUUUUGAACGCUGUGAGAAAGUAAUAUAGUUGUUUGACAUUUUUCUUGACUAAUUAUCUAACCUGUAUUUCAGUCCUACAGCAUCUGGAGGUCAGUACUGCCUCUCCUAAAGCCACCUAUUAAAUAAUCAUGCCAUUGCA